UUCAUGAACCGGACCGGAACGUUGUCCGGGUCACCUCUUCUGCUCUGCCCAUUGCCAAGCCCUUCUUCUAAUCGCAACUUCCAACAUCACUUCACCCUCUCUCUCUCUGCAGCUAUGGCUACCGUAGCUUCGCACUUCUUCCCCACCACGCGUACACGAACUACCUUUCCAAAACGAACCGUUACUUCCUCCUCUAUUAGAUCAUCUUUAUCAACCAAUUUUCUCUCUCCGCUCGUCGGCGGAAGCGUCGCCGGUGAUUUAUCCGGCUUGAAGAUCCGACCCCCUUCCCUCAACCCCAAUCUGCCUUCCUCAGGCUCUCAUGCCAAGCGAGGCGUCGUCACCAUGGUCAUUCCUUUUUCGAGGGGAAGUGCAUGGGAGCAACCUCCUCCAGAUUUGGCAUCUUACUUGUAUAAGAAUCGAAUUGUUUACUUGGGCAUGUCUCUUGUUCCAUCUGUCACUGAGUUGAUACUUGCAGAGUUCCUUUACCUUCAGUAUGAGGAUGAGGAGAAGCCAAUUUACCUUUACGUAAAUUCCACUGGAACAACAAAGGGUGGAGAGAAGUUGGGUUAUGAGACAGAAGCUUUUGCUAUUUAUGAUGUUAUGAGAUAUGUCAAGCCACCUAUUUUCACUCUUUGUGUUGGCAAUGCUUGGGGAGAAGCAGCCUUGCUUUUGGCUGCUGGUUCAAAAGGAAAUCGUUCGGCCUUGCCAUCAUCAACAAUAAUGAUUAAGCAGCCGAUUGCAAGGUUUCAAGGUCAAGCAACAGAUAUCGAGCUUGCUAGAAAAGAAGUGAAGAAUGUGAAGGCAGAGUUGGUUAAACUUUACUCAAAGCAUAUUGGAAAAACACCAGAGCAGAUUGAAGAAGACAUAAGGCGUCCAAAAUACUUUAGUCCUAGUGAAGCAGUUGAAUACGGCAUCAUUGAUAAGGUUCUUUAUAACGAGCGGAGCACUGAAGAUAGAGGAGUUCUUUCUGACCUGAAAAAGGCACAACUUAUUUAAUUGUAUCGAAAGUUGGAUCACUGAUCCUAGUGAGUAUUUAGGUAAAAUAUGAUUACUUGCAAGUCAUUGUCCUGUUGUGAAUUAUUUGACGUUGAAUGAUUUUCAUAUAUGUAAACGAAAAUUGAUUUAA